GCAAGAAGCAAGCACGCGAAGCAAAAAGCACAAAGCGAAGCAACCAGCCGCACCCGUUGGUUGCGUGGCCGCGCUCGUGUUCGAUACUCUCUCUCUCUCUCGCUCGCUUCUGCCUUCUUUCUCUCUUCGGUUGCUCGUCAGCCCUCACACACAGACACACACAUACACCUCGUCAUCAGCCUUCGAUCGAUCAAGCUGUUCUUCUCACCCCCUGCUCUCUCUCCCUCUCUCCCGCGCCGUAUUUCGUUCAUUCUUAAGUGUGAUCCUGAUCAAGACGAUCACCCCCCCGUCAACAACACACACGCACACACACACACGCACGCACGCACAUACGCGCACGACGCAAACGAAAAGCAACCACAACAACACCGCCGACGGUUGUCACCAACCAAGUUCCCCCCGAGUGAGCGAGCAAGCAAGCAAGCAAGCAAAAGCAAUCAACCAAGCAAAGCGAGCAGCAACCUCUCGUUGUUGCUUCUUGACUGUCACGAACACCCCUCUCCCUCCCUUCAACCGACGCACGCUUUUCUCUCGCUCUCAUUUUCCCCACCAACCCAGACCAAACCAGACCAAACCAGCAACCAUGUCAACGAGUCUGUCAUCGAUGGACCACCAUCACCUGCAGGCGUGUCAAGAAGACAUGUCGAAUCUCGUGAUGUCCGCCACAUCAUCGUCGUCUAGCCUCGUGGCUAGCGACGGUUCCACGUCCCCCUCAUCCCAGGAGGAGGCCCCAGCAACAGCCACAGCAACGACACAGCAAGACGCGCCCGCGGAUAGCGGUGUCGCAGCCACCACCACCACCACCACAGCAACAGCAGCCACGUCGUCCUCGGUCAAGGAGGCCGUCGUCGCCUCGUCCGCAACAGCAGCCGUCUCGGAUGUUGAGGACAACGAUGACGCCGACGACGAUGGCGACGAUGCAAAACAGAAGAAGCAGCAGCAGCAAGACAGCGAUGAGCAGGAGCCACACUCGUGCAGCUGCUACAGAAGCGUAGACCGCGCUCCGCCCAAUGCCAUCUUCAAGCUGCAGGACGAGUACACCCAGGAUGAGCACGAGAACAAGAGCAACCUCGUCCUUGGAGUCGCUGUGAACGACGACGGUUCGCUGGUGUACUUUGAUGCUGUUCGCAGCAUUGAGAAGGAGAUUUACGAGGACACGCAGAGCGGCAAAAUCUCCCACGGCUACCCGCCCAUUGGCGGCCUUGCUGAGCUCUCCCAGUACGCGGCCGAGCUCGUCCUUGGCGAGAACCACACCUUCAUCAGAGAUCACAAGGUUGGCGGCGUGCAAGCGCUGUCUGGCACGGGUUCUCUGCGCCUUGUUGGUGAGUUUCUGCAUCAAUAUCACCGCCAGAACAGCAGCGUGUACCUGUCGGACCCGACGUGGGCCAACCACAAGGCCAUCUUCACCGAGGCGGGCUUUGGCGGCGCCAUCAAGUCGUACCGCUACUACAACAGGGACACCCGCGGCCUCGACUUUGACGGCCUCAUGGAGGACCUCGAGAACGCGAACGACGGUGACAUUGUUGUGCUGCACGCGUGCGCGCACAACCCGACUGGCGUGGACCCGACGCUUGAGCAGUGGACGGCGAUUGCUGCGCUCUGCCAGCGCAAGCAGCUCAUGCCUGUCUUUGACUGCGCCUACCUCGGGUUUGCGUCCGGCGACAUUGACAAGGACGCCGAGGGCAUGCGCCACUUUGCCAACACGGGCGUCGAGUUUUUCGUGUGCGUGAGCUUCUCCAAGAACUUUGGCAUCUACGGCCAGCGCUGCGGGUCUGCCCUGUUUGUGUCUGAGGACAACGAGGCGACGGCCAACGUGGUGUCGCAGCUCAAGCGGCUGUCGCGGCCCAUGUGGUCCGUGCCGCCCCUCCACGGCGCCCGCAUUGUCACGGGCGUCCUCGGCAACCCGGAGCGCAAGGCCCGCUGGCGCAAGGAGGUGGCAGACCUCGCCGAGCGCAUCAAGGACAUUCGCCAGCGGCUGCGCGCAGAGCUGGAGGAGUGCACCAAGGACGUGGCGCCCAAGGGCUACUGGGACCACAUCACCAACCAGCGCGGCAUGUUCACCUUCUCUGGCCUGCGCGAGCGCCAGUGCGAGUUUUUGAAGACGGAGCACAACAUCUACAUGCUUCCCAGUGGUCGCAUCAACAUCUGCGGUGUGUCGUCCUCCAAACUCAGCCGCAUUGCGUCAGCCAUUGCAGACGCAUACUGCAAGGAGAACUAAGGGAUCAAAACGAACCCCAAGACAACAACUCCCCACACAAGGCACUCGCUGGUGGGGCAACAGGAGCAGUAGGUGCACGCUUGUACACGUGCGCUCGCUCGUGCUUGUGCGGCUGGCUCUACUGUCGCCACCUCCACGACUGUGCUCUUUUUCUUGAUGUUGUUGGGGUUUUAGUGUUGUUGUUCUCUUGCAGUCUUCUCUCCCCCACCUCUCCUCUGGGAAGGACGCACCACUGCUGAUAUCCCACGUGGCGUAGCUGUUGUCGUUUCGGCGCUGCUGCUGCUGCUGCGCGUCGUUAAUGAUAAUGGCUAGGCCACACCUUUUUUUGAUGCUCGAUCCUUUCUCUGUUGCUCUUUUUUUUUUCCGUCUUCAUCUCUCUUUCGCUCGCGCUCGCUCUUGCCUGUAUGCUGUCGAUUACCGCUUUGCCCUUGGUGGCUUUGCUCUAUGUUGCUAGCCCCCUCCCCUCUACCCCUUUUAAUCUCUCGCUUUUAUCCCUCGUCUAUUACUUCUUUUGUCUCCGGGUUGGUUGUCAUCCUGUGUUUCCUGCUUCGUGUAUGGCUAUGUGUGUUUGUAUUUCCUAACAAAAACGCCCCCCUGACACCUCCCUAGUUGACCCCCCCUUGCAUCCUUGCCUUACCCUCACGACGACGUGCGUGGUGGAAGUUGGGUUGUGGUGUGCUGUUGGAAGAUUGUGUGGGUGAGUGUGUGCGUGUUGCUUGAUUGCGCACUCGCAUGUGUGAUGGGUGUUUACGUGCUUGCUCAGACAACCUCACUCUCUUUUUUUGUCCUGAAUGGUUGCCUGGGCCAUGCUCGUGUGCACCUCCCCCCACCUUCCCUUGCUUGCAUGCACCGAGCACACUUCCUUCUUCCUCCACGUCACCUGUCUGUUCAUGCCUUGCGCAUGCGUGCCUUGUUUGCAUUGUUUGCCGUUUUGCAUGUGUUUGCCCACUACCACGGUGUUGGGGCGGCGCAGAACAAGUACACAAUGCAAAAGAACAACAA